AUGGAAGUGGUUGAUGUGCUUCCCGCUGAGGAACAACGGUUGGUUUGGUGUGAAACGGAACGGAAAUUUUGGUACAAGUUUGACAAUGAGAACGAUGUCCAAAAUCAAGAGUCGGAGCAAAGAUAUAAAGUGAGGGAAUUGGAGACGAGAGCCGAUCUGGAUAUCUUAACCACGAAGCGAGCACAACUCACAGAGAGACAAGAGCGCCUUUUUAAGGAGCUUACACAAGUCAAGGAGGAGCUUGCUCAAGUUGUCGAAGAAUGUAACGACAGAGUCGCGAAAUUGGAUAAUCUGGAACAAAAUUGCCGCCAAAGCGAACGCGAAAGACUGGAGGAGCGCAAGAAAACCGCUAACAAUAUGGAAAGAUUCUUUAGGAUCAAACGAGGAGAGGAUCCAAGUAGAGUUUCUGGAGGAGACCGGGACCAUUUACGCGAAGUGCUUAGGAACACUACGCGGUCCCGUCGUGGUCAGGACCAGGGUUAUGAUGCAGCCCGGGCUGAAGCUCUACAACAAGCCGACAAAGCAGCGAGAACAAUACAGGUCCUAACUCCUCCCAGGUCCGCACCACUUCCACGACUCACCAGGUCGUCUAACGUCCUUGUCCAUGUUGUCGAUGCGGAUGGCCAUUUGAUUGGUCCUGUAGAGAAGAUCGAUAUAUGGAAUCAAUGGGUUGAAGCUAUUCAAGAGAUGCCCAUAGAACGACAGGUCAAAAUACGCCGAGGCCGCAAGUUCACCUCAGAUCACUUGUCUGCCAUAUAUGAUCGCUCCGAAGCCAAGGGAGUUAAGUGGCUUGCUUGCAUGAUUCAAGCUACAGGAGAAAUUCAACAGUGGCAAUGUCACUCCUGUGAUAAAAACCAAGGUGCCUUUGCCGACUGCAUUGUUUUGGGGGGGCCGCUAUUUCAAAAGUGUGGCAACUGUGAAUGGAAUCGCCAAGGCUGUCAUAUGCCGCUGUCCAAUAAAUCUGCUAAUACCAGAGAAACGAGGCACAGGCAGAUGCAAUCUCACAGUGCCGGUAAGGAAACAGAGCCAUCGGCAUUUCGAGUGCCACCAGUGAAUCAAUCUGAUCAAAAUAUUCGACCAUAUGAAAGCCGCGAGGCAGAACUGGCGCGAUCGUCAGGCUCAUUGAACGGAAGCCCUAUCCUACCUGAGCCAGUUCGGAUGCCAACCUCAACAGAAAGCCGAGAGCAUGCACUUAUUAGUUCGAACUAUGCCACGCCAAGUGGCUUCACACCGAUAAAUUUUCGAAGCAGGCCGCCCUCUCGAGAUAUUCCAACCCCAUCUGUGCAAUCAGCUGAAAAUCCUCCGCAGCCCAUGGGACGUCAGCUUCCGUCAUCUGACGAGAUCACAAGAAGCAAUUUGGUUCUUAGACACAAUGGCACCGUGUACGUCUACCCAGAGUGCGUUGAAGGCGUCCCUCUUGUUAAGAUUGACGAAGCCCAUCCUUAUUGGGAUCCGUGUUGGCCUCGUGUGCGAUCGCUUAUUGAACCUCAAGUUGAGCUAUGGCGAGGAAAAUAUGCCGACUCUUUAGAGAGAAAGGCAAAGGGCGAAGGUGGCUCUUCCAAGUUUCACAACGGACGCCAGGUCAAUCGGGGCAUGAAAGUUCUGGAGUUCCUGCAAGACGGUGAGAUUAGCCCCUAUCAGCUUUUGUCGAAACAGUACACGCAGACAGGAAAAGGGAUCAUCACCGCUUAUGAUACGUUAUUCCGGAUGUGCGAAACGCUUGGCGAGCUGGCUAAAUAUACGCUCGACAUCUCCCCAGUGGAAUGGCUUCGCCAUCGUUUGCAUGAGCUUAUUCUGGAGCAUGGGGCGAAAUUUAAUUAUUCCAAUAUCAUGCACAACUUCUAUCAUGACCCCAAGCUUGCAGCCCUGCGCUCCAAAAACGGUUAUAAGAGCAUUGGGCGCCCGUCAAGAUGCAAGGCUAGUCAGACUAUCGGAAACGAUAAGAAUACGUCUCAAAGUGGCAAGAAGAGAAAAAGCAUGCAUUCCCAGACAGCCACGCCCCGAGCUACGCCGUCAGCCAGCUACUCCCCGCUCAUGGCUCAAGAGGACUACAGCCGUUCUCCUCUUCCGAAUGACGCAGCACCACUCUUGCCAGAAAAUUCCUUUCAUACACCGAUUCAGAAGCGCUUAAAGCCCUCAUCUCCACACAUCGCCAAGGGCGUCUAG